AUGGGCUGCGGCAGUAGCAGCGCGCGGCGCCGGGGCUCCGACGAGCCCUUGCACGACUACGAUGCGGUGAAUUUCGGCCUGCCGUGGGGGCGGGGGGCCGCAGUGCAGCUGUCGCCGGUGGGCGGGAAGGAGGCGGCGUCGCUGCGCGGCGACGGUGACGCGGCGGCGGAGGAGGCGGCGACGACGACGGACGAGGAGCUCUCCGACAUCACCAACAGCAUCUCCACGCGGAGCAGCGAGGGCGGCGGCGGCGGCGCGCCGGGCGGCCCCUUCCCCUUCAAGUCGGACGACCUGGAGCGGAAGCGCAACGAGGUGCCGCCCUCCAUAGAGGAGGACCUCUUCGUCUACGACGACGUCGUCGUUUCGAAGAACGAAGCCCAGACGCGGCACUGGCGCAUCGAGGGGCGUCGACCGCAGACCUCCAGGCGGGCCUCGCGGAAACCCAACGACGGCGCCGCGUCAGACAACUUGUUCCACUUCACCGACUUCAACGUGUGCGUUGACGAGGUGGACAUGACGGUGGAUCAGCCGACGGGUAGCCUCGCAAUGCAGCAGCUGGCGUUUGGGAAUAGGGCGCAGCAGGCGGUUUUGUUGGGGGCCACCGUCAUGAAAACGUUUAGCACGGCUCCCAACACGGUUGUCGCGAUGCUGCGCGCCAACGAGGAAAAGUCGGCGAAGACCUCCUGCCGCCCGCUGCGGGGCGUCAAGGUGGAGACGUUGAUUGGGCACGCAUUUCGCGUGCGGUGCCUUUCUGUGUCCCCUGUAGAGCGUAGUUUGGUGAGUUGCUCCAACGAGGACGCCUCGGUCACGCUGCGCAGCCUUGUGACUGGAGAGGAGGAGGGCAUCUUCACCGGUCACCGCGACAACGUCAUCGCCGCCGCCAUCUCCCCGGACGGGAAGUACCUUGCCACCACCAGCAAAGACUUCACCAUGGCGUUAUGGGACGCCAACACAGGCAAGCUACUGUACGUACUGCAGCAUGAAAUGGUUGUGAUUUGCUGCUGCUUUGCCCCAGACAGUAAGACGGUGGUUUCGGGGUGCCAAGACCGCGUCUGCCGCGUCUGGGACACCCGGACGGCGCGGGAACGCGUAAAGUACACGCACCAUGCUGGAAUCAUUGUCAGCGUGGCAUAUAGCCCCGACGGGGCAUGCGUGUGUAGCACAUCCGCCGACCGAACCCUACAGGUGUGGUCGGCAACGAGCGGCAAGAUGAAACUUACGAUGCGAGGCCACACUGGAAUUAUUUUGGCGUGUAGUUACACCUCCGAUGGAAAGUAUAUUGUCAGUAACGAUGAGGUGCACCUUUGCGUCUGGAUCGCCGCCAGCGGGUUGUGCAAGCUCCGCCUAGCCGUCACGAAGGUCGCUGGCGUGCCACGUGCCGCGGCCCGUGCCGGGAAGCUGAGGUGGACGUUUUCCUCCGCCGCACCCGGCGCCUUCACGCAGUACAUUAUAGUGGCCUGCACAAACCGCUACGUGUAUAUUCUCGACGUUGACGGUCAUGAGCAUUACAGCGAGUUCUGCAAGGCUCCCGUGUACUGUUUGGCGGUUGGUUACAAGGAGAAGGCCGUAUUUGGGGACAGUUUCGGCAAUGUGUACGUUAUGACGCUCUCGUAG